GUGGGUGCGGCGGGGUGGCCUGUCGCUUGUCCCCAGGCGGGCGGAGGAGGCAGCGCCAUGGCCCCUCUCGGGCGCUGCCGGGGAGCGCCGCUGCUGCUGCUGCUGGCGGGGCUGCCGGCCGGUUACCUCUCCCUGAUGGUGACAGUGCAGGAUGUUGAACGUUAUACCACCUUAUUUGCCAGUGUUACCCUCAAGUGUGACUACAGCACCUCAGCACAGCUGCAGGACGUGGUGGUGACCUGGCGCUUCAAAUCCUUCUGCAAGGACCCCAUCUUUGACUACUACUCGGUCUCAUACCAGGCUGGUUUAGGUCUUGGCCAAGACCCAUCUACUGACUGCAAUGACAGCCAGCGAAAGGUGCGCAUUGUCAUCCAGAAAUCUGGGCAGAAGGAGCCUGUGCUGGGCAUUGACUACCAGCAACGAAAGAUCACCAUUCAGAACCGGGCAGACCUUGUCAUCAGUGAGGUCAUGUGGUGGGACCAUGGUGUGUACUACUGCACUGUGGAAGCACCAGGAGAUACCUCAGGUGAUGCAGACAAAGAAGUUAAGCUGAUCGUUCUCCACUGGCUCACAGUACUCUUCAUCGUUCUCGGUGGCCUCCUUCUCCUUAUGCUGAUUGGAAUAUGCUGGUGCCAGUGCUGCCCCCAGUAUUGCUGCUGCCACGUCCCAUGUGUCUGCUGCCCAACCCGGUGCUGCUGUAAUGAAGAAGUACUGGAACGGCAUCGGUUCAUGAAGCAGGCUCAGGCACUUGCACCUUGGAUGGCACCCAAGAUGUUCUAUGGAGGUGGCGACAGGAACUCACAACUUUCCUCUUACCUACUGAACCCUUUACUGCAAAGAGAUGUCUCUUUGCAGAACAGUCUUCCACUGGUGCAGCCACAAGCUCAACUUUCCGCUAACAAGGGUGUUUUGGACUAUCUGGAGUCUGAAAUUCAAAACCUUAAUAUGUCACAGCUCCGGCCAUCCUCCCACCAGCGGCAGGCUGUGCAGCCCAGCUUGCUGUCCUCCCUGGGCUCGGAGAUCAUGCCACCUCCUCUCACCAAUCACAUCUCCUCCAUCCAUGGGAGCAGCAACUCCUCACGGCCACAGAGAGCUGCCAACACCACUAGACCCUGGGACUCCAUAGCAGAGGACAAGAGGGAAAACCGGAGGGGGCCCUUGCCUUCCAAUGGGGAUUCAUAUUCCAGCUACAGUCAGGAGCCCUGGGACAGGCAGCGAGAGGACCAUCAUCACAGGCUGAGGACAGGUGGCUACAAUGGCAGGCUCCAAAACUCCAAAAGGGAUGUGUCACCCCCACGCCAGAGCGAGAGGGGCAAAAGUAGUGGCAGCAGCUCUAGUUUCUAUCCGGAGGAGGCCAAGGAGCGCUCCAGCCACCAUCGUGGCAGGAGACAAGAGCCUACAGGGAGGCUAGACUACCAGCACCACACCAGCAGGAGCAACAACUCGGGUCAGCGGCGGCACAGCUACUCUCCCCCUUCUCGCCGGGGGUCAUGGAGCUCCUCAGAAGAGCAAGUCCGUCCUCCAAUGAAAAACCGCAAGCGGCGGCACCAGUCCCGAGAAUGGCCAGAAGAUAAACCCCCCAGUUAUUGCUCAUUAGAAGUCAUCUCAGGUCAGGACAAGAAGCAUAAAGACAUUGCAGGGCCACGUUCGGACAAAGGAAGUUCCCACAGUGGAAGAAGCAUUGUCAUUUAAUGCCAGUACUGGAAGAACUAAGAUUUCCACUAGACUCCUCUUAGCUUUUCUACUAUGUGCAUUGAGAUGGCUGCUUUUGAUUGAACAGACAACCAGCAAACAAACCAGAUGAAGCAGGUUCCUCUUAGACUUAUGGCUCUGAAGAAUCCGUCUAGGGCCCAUGAAAGCAAUAUGUAUCCCCUUUUUAUUCUUGCUGUGACUUAGAAAAUUAGGUUUGCAAUGGGAUGUGAUAUGUGGAAAACAUUCUAUUGGAAACAGUAGAUUUAUUUUUUUUUUUAGUAAAUGGUGUAUUCCCAGUCCUUAAAGAGAGAUACCAGUUGUCUUUUUUAGGUGCUCUGGCACUGCAAGGAGCCUAGUCCAUUGCACACCAGUUACUGGAUCACAUCUCCAAUGAUCACAGAGUUGUAAAAUCACAGGACAGUAGAAUAAUUUAGGUUGGAAGAGGCCUCAGGAGGUCAUGAGAUCCAGCCUCCUAGGAGUCUGGCGUAGGGAAGAACAGCAUCUCCCUUCUAAAGCCUUCUGUUGUGCUUCAGAAUGUGCGAUAUUUGCUGCUUCUGCCCAGCUGCCCAGCGUGGUUGGGGCAGUCGCUUCCUUUUGUCCCACAUAAGCCUUUCUCCCAAAGAGAAGAGUUGCAGCGCUGGAAGGAUAUUUCACUGCCUUAACAAGAGCUCACUAGCAUGUCUGCAAAUUGCCAGCUUAUGUUCCCUAUACUGACUGAAACAAUCAGCUCUACUCUAAGUUUAGAACUUAGUGCUUUAAAAGAUACUUCUUCUAGCCUUAAAACCAGACUGGAAUUUAUUUGUAAACUUAAAGGGCUAAAUUUAUGAAGGUUUGGCUGUCACUACAGGGACUGAGCAAGGGAUGACUACUGUUCCUAACACCGUGGACCAGAAUUUCCUUCAAAUUCUAGGAAGCAUGACUUUGGUGGAUAUAUAUUUCCUAAGCCAUGUACUCUUUUUCCAUGCAUUUUAUAUUCUCCCUUUGACCUCUGUGGCAUGUAUCAUAUUCACGGCGUGGGAUAAAGGGCUCUGAAGAAAUCUUACAGUCACCAUUCUUACUGUUGUCCUUGACACUUUUAACACCUCCAUGUGUGGUGCAUCUGUUCUAUAGCUAGAUUACAGGGAGUUCUCAUCUCUUAUCUUGCAACUGAAACAGCAUUUCUGUACGCUCUUACAAUAGCUGCAACAGAGAACAAGUUGCCAUUUCUCCUUGAUGUCGUUCCUUCACUGUGUUCAUUUAAAAUGUGCUGGAAAAAGAGAGAUUCUCCUGAUGCUGGCUGCUUCCCUGGUAAACUGGCUUACCAAAGGCACUUCUUGGAUUCAAGAGACUUGACUGUUGGCAAGGAGCUUUUGGAGCAUCUUGUGAAUUAUUCUGUAACCCAGGGGUGCUAGAGAUUGGCCAGUAUCAGUGACUGUAUUGCCUAGCUUAUUCCCCUGCCAGUGCCAUGUGGGACACUUGUUACUAUUUGUUCUGUAACAUCCCAGUUACUGAUGUGCUUAUGCUUUCACUUGGAAGACUGACUUGGAGAGACUUUCACUUUGCCUACCUCCAUUUUUUCUUUCCUUUGGACAAUGAUGGGAAACAUCACACUGGGAGCAACUACUCCCAGCUGGAUAUUUGAUGCAGUUGCUGGUCAGCCAAAGGCUACUGCAGAGAGUGCUCAUUCUCCUACAGUCUCUUGGCUGACAGUGCUUAUUUCUGAUUCCUGUGUAUGGAGAUAAAGCAGGAAGAGCUGCUGUCUUCUCUGGUUGACUUUGUUUCAGAACCCAAGGCUUACUUUUUGAAGACAGAAGGGCUGUUUGCCAGCAGUUGCUGAAAGGGCUAUAAGACUAACUACAAAAUCUGAACUCAAGAAAGCAAGGCCGUAUUAAGCAUAGUCCUUGUCUGCAUUAAACACAGACUGAAUACUGUAAACUGGACAUCUAAAAUAUAGGGAAUUAAGUGUGUUCACAGAACUCACAAAGCCAGUAUCACUCUUAAAUCUGCUUCUCGGCCACUGGCUGUGAAUAAUUUUUAUUCUUAUUUAACGACAUGCUGAGGAUUUUAUGCACCCUCUCUUCUAUGAUGUGCUAGUAUUUUUAUUAGUUAAGAGUUUAUGGUGACUGGAAGGGCAGAAAAUAAUAUGGGGCUGCUUUUUCCAAAACUAGCAGCCUGUUUUGACUUUAGCAUUGCCCUCUGUGACUCUUAACAGAUUCCCAGGGCCGUGCAGAUUCUACUCUUGGAAGCUGAAUUCACGGCUGGGAAUUUGACUUUUUCCUUGUACUACCAAUAGGUCCAUAUAUCGUACAGGACAACUUCUUCCUGUCAUCUCAAUGCAGCCCAAAUGUCCAGGUUUCAGGGAAGAGCUGCCUGUUUUUCCAUCAUCUAUUGAGACACUAGUUGAGAUGCCAAGAUGGUUGCAUGAGAAAGAGUUCACUUUCCUUCACAUUCAAGUGUGCGUAAGCCAACAAGUGUCUGGCAAGUUUUCACAAGAGCAAGAACACCCUCACACAGCAAGAAAACCCAGAUGACUCUGUAACAGUAGCAGUUGUUGAAGCUUACUGCUGUGGUAUGAGCAUAAGAACUGCAGAGCUUGUGCUUUUUAAUCUAAAUCCUACGAAGGAGCCCUCCAUCUUUAUUUGUUCCUCUAGUCCCCAGAAUUGAGCUAGGGUGAAUAAUUGUAGAUUGUGUGAACACAAUUUGUGGUGUGUGAAGUCUGAAGAGUUUUAUCUUUAUCAUACUUGAGCUCCUCUUCAGUAACUUUAUUCAUAUUUAUAGAAACAUCAAACAAUACUUUUCAGGGAAAAUUGAUUGUAUCUCUGUCUUAAGUCUGUAACUUCUUAAAUUGUGGCAGAAGCAGAUUAGGUUAUCCAGUAGGGAAGCAGAAAAGGUACCAGGUUUACUGGUCCUCAGACCAUUGCAGUUCAUAAAACACCAUUUGGUGGGCUGUGAAAUAAUGACAAAGAAAAUCUAUAUAUGCAUGCUUUACAACUGCAAGAAGACAGAAAAGCAGGAAGGAAGUAGGCUGUACUUUGAAUGCUUAUUUCUAUUUUUAAUUGGCUAUAAAUGAAAGCCGUUGAGACAGCACUGCACAAUACUUUUUUUUUUUAACUUUUCCCCAGUAAGAUUACAGGGUCUUUGACUUUUAAUUUAAAAGAGAGAGAGAAUUCAGCAGCUCAAAUGCUGCACACUGAAAGAAAUAACAGUAGGAAAUAGCCUACUCGUAUUCUUUCUGCAUUGCAAUUUAUUCAUGCUUAAUUUUUCAGCCAUUCAAAGACCUGAUGUUCAUAUGUCAGCCCAUUUGUGAUGAAAAAAAGUUGGCUAUGUUUUAAAUAUGGGAGUUAUUGCCAUUCUAGACUCUUAUUCUUCCUGUCAUGCAGUUGAAGGAAUAUACCUUACCCCCAAGAAUGAAUUUUCUGUCUCAGAUAAAGUGCCUUGAUAGCCACUGGAGUUACCCUAAUUUAAAAUAAUAAUUUCAUGAGAAGCAACCAUGGCACACGGGGCAGAUAGAUGCCCAUGCUACUCUUGUCACCUGCUUUCCACCUCAGACCAGAGAUUCAUAAGUGUGAUAAAAAAAAUCAUGUAAUAUUUCUUUAAUUAAGAAAGGACUUGCAAUAUCUGGCUUUCUUGCUUAUUUGCACAGCGCCCUGCCAUUUUCGAAUGCCGUUCCAGGAAUGGAGGGCAAGGGCUGCUUCUUGUGCAAUCAUUGAUCUGGUCUUGGCAAGUGCCUGUUUGGCAGUAGAAAGUGCUGAAGUGCCCAGUUGCUAUCUCUGGGAUUGUAUUCAUGAUAGCACUGGCUAAAGUUAGGCUAACCUCAGAGGAGGAAAGUUACCUUGUGUGAUAACAACCACAAAGCAAAGCUCUUCAGCAGGACAUACUACUACAUAGGGUAGCUAAUACCCCUCUGUGUUUCUACCUCCAACAGCUUAUCAGUUUAAAAAACCCACUUAAUAUAGUUAGAGCUUUCCUCUUGUCAACCUGACAUAGCAGAGAAAUGACACUUGAGGUUAUAUUAAAUUAACCCCCACAAGUAAUGACUACUCCUUGCUAUUUCUUCUGUUUAAUGUCUGUAAUACGCCUUGUGCUGCUCUUCUGAAUAUUAUUCCAGCUGUGAAAACAGAUGGUAAACAUGUAGAUUUUCUUCAAUGACUGUCAAAUGUGUAAUUAAAAUAUAAGAGAAUUUUCAACCAAUUGGUCUUGUGUGUUCUUCCUAGAUGAUAACUGCUCUUUAGUGUUUGUACCAGA